UUCCUAGUUACAUCACUGAUGUAAACACGAUACGUGGUAAGGACUUUUCGAUGUCACUGAACAAUUACACGAUUCGAAGCCGAUUCAGUUGUUGAUUUUCUUCAGAAUCGAUCAGUCUUUUAUUCAUAAUGAACGCGGUAUCUUUCGCAGAGGAGUUUACAAAUUUAAUUUUUCGAUGGACCAAACCAGGAGAAGGCGGUGAUGGUCCACCACUGACUAAUCAACAGCUAUUAAACGCAAUUCGAGAUGUAGUUCAAAUACUGUUAGGAGUAUCUCUACAAGUGCCCGAUUAUUCAUCGGUGAGAACACCAGGUACAGGAAUCACCAUUUGCACUCCAAAUGCUCCCACUGUACCAAGAUUAACUAUGGACUCAAACAAUACAUCUCUGGCAAGAUUUAGAUCCCUGGAUACUUUAACUUUUUGUAAUGCUGUUAACAUUUCUAAUAAUGAUACAUUGAUUUCGAAAAGUCAAGAGAAGAUAGAAACAUUGAAUGGUGAUCAAGCUGAAAGUACUCCCGAACAGAAGAAGUUUAUAUCACGGUCAAGUCCAGCCAUUCACGUGAACUCUGUAGCCAGAUCCGACACGUUUAUUCGCGAGGAAGAAGAAAAGGCUGGUGGUAUGAAUAAAAAGAAAAGAGAAGCUGAAGAGAAAGAUCAAAUAUCCUUGGAUCCAGAGAAAAUGAAAAGCAAUUCCUUCUUGAAGAAAAUCGCGGAGCUUCGGGAAUGCGCUUACGAUGUCAUAUCGAAGAUUGAUCAAGUGAAGAAGGAUAUCUACCCUGAAACGACGAAACCCAUUCGUCGUCUCUCCUCGAUCGGCACUUAUUCCGGAUCGAAUCGUACCUCGACGUUGAUGAGACCGACUCAAGCACCGAAGCUUCGAAGAUCAACGUCAGCCUUUCCAGGAACACCCACAUCUUCGAAAUUGAACACGACGAUCACUGCGGGCAAAGACGAGGCCACGGCGAAACGUAAAAGUAUGGCGACAUCGAAAAUCUCGCCUACGAUUUGUACUCCAUCGAUGUCGAUUAAGAAAAUAUCACCGUUAUCAAGCAGUAAGCCCGCGAAAAAUCCGAAAUACGCCCACGUGCAGAGCACGAUAUCGAAAACUUUGGUUAACAAACGAAAAACUUAAUCGCAACAAGAAAAAUUCGCAGAAAUCUGAAACAAAAGAGUCGCAGAAAUUUUUUUUAACUAGAGUGAAUUUGUUGUUGGUAAUAUUAAAUAUUUUUUAAUGAAUUUGUUAUUAGGUCGCUAAUUAAUAUUUAUUUAUGAAAAUCAUGUUAUAAUUUUCUUAUAAAAUUCUUUAUGUGAGGGGAUGAUAAUUAAUUCCAUCAAUUUCAUCAAAUUGGGUAGCCAAACAAAAUUUUGAUGAAACAUGAUUUAGUCGAAUUGUAAUUUAACAAAAAAAUAAAAUUUUGAUGAAACAC